GGCGGGCCGGGAUUUGUGGGAGAGACUGAAACCCAGAAGCUGAAAUGAAGAAGUGAGAAACUUGGAGCUCUCAGUCUCAAGGCCUCAGCUUUUUUCUUCACAAUUCUCGUUUUGGUAACACUAAGAAGAAGAAGAAGAAGAAGAUCCAAAUUGAAAAUGUAUAUAUUAUAAAGAAAAAAGCCAGAAAGAGAGAGAGAGAGAAUGGGUUUGGAAUCGGAUUUCGGAUCGUCUCUGUUUGAGAAUCUGAAGCUGGAAGAUCCAUGGCUUCCUCCAUCUUCUUGGGAGUCACUACCUUCUGAAAGCGGACCUCGUCUCUCUCAUCGCAACCUUUCCUCCACUUCGCUCUCUUCUUCUUCUACACGUUUCCUCCAUAAUGCCUCUUCAGUCUCUGAAGGAAGUUUGGUGAGGUUGGCUAUGAAUGCACUUCAAGGUGUUCAAUCGUCUCUGAUUAGUAUUGAAAAGCUUUCUGCUGCCUUUUGUUCUGACCCAGCUGAUAGGACCUUCCAUGAGAUUCCAAGUCUCUGGAAUCGCUCUUCCAGCACUAAUGCUCAAGGAAAGAUUCUCAAAUCCAUAGGAUGCUCCGGUUUCCUUGUCUUUCUUCUCUGUAAAUUUGUAGACUAUUUUUCAAAUCCAAAUUUUGAUAAGAGUUCCGGAGGGAUGAGACAGCAUGAAUGUUUGAAACCAGUAGAAACUCAGAAUCAUCGUGAGGGUGAAGUGAAUCCUCCUUAUACUCUUGUAAAUCAUGCCUUCUCUGUUGCUGUGGGAAAGGUCAUAGAGGGUUACAUAUGUGCCCUAGACACACUGUAUGCAUCUGUACAUUUGAGGCAUUCAUCUGAAAGUUCUGACCUGCCUUUGCAAGCAUCUUCUUCAGUGGGAUGUCUAACCACUGUGGUUUAUUCUGAAAUUACAUUGUUGGAAUUGUAUUUGCACACAAAGGAACUGAGGGCUCAGAUUGAAGCUCUUGGAAAUAUAUGCAACCUAUAUAAUAUAGCUCUUUGCUUCUCAGAAUCUUCUUCUGAAGAUCUUAUUGCUAAAGCAUCGCUUGAAUUUGAUAAUUUCUGCAGAGGAGGGGAUCUACUUACAUAUCUAUAUACACAACUCCAGGUUGCUGAUCCUCCUCAUUGUGCUAUGCUCAAGUUCCUCUUCCUUCGUUCAUUUGAACCAUAUUGUGGAUUUAUAAGAUCAUGGAUGUUCAAAGCUGAGCUCAAUGAUCCUUAUAAGGAGUUUAUAGUAGAAUAUUUUGACAAUCUACAGCCUAGUCAACAUGGUAAAACAGGCAUCUCAAUGGACUUCCCACUGGCAAGUGUGAGGGAACGAGAUGGAGUUUCUAUUCCUUGCUUUUUGAAGGAAUUCUUAGUUCCACUUGUCAGAGCUGGUCAGCAACUGCAAGUAUUAAUGAAGCUUCUAGAAUUGUGUACUUAUGUUGCCUUUGGAGACCAUACUUAUGAGGAUUUUCUUCCUGGUUGGAGUGGUUUCUCUAGCAAUCUUCCAUUCACUUUCAGCAAAGAAAAUAUAGAAGCAAUUGUACUUGUCCGGGACAAUUAUUACAAAAUGAUGCAGGAAAAACUUGAAAAUCUUCUGACAAAAUUAGAGUUCAGAUAUCAACAGGUAGUUUCACAUGACAUAUUACCUAAUGCCUUUAGUAGUGGUGAAAGGAGUUCAACUACCCUAGUUUCUUUCAAGUCUGGUGAAAGUUUGAUUGAUCCUUUAACAGAAAAUCUAAGGGAGUCAAAUGUGGCUGACGACAAUAUAGAUGCUGAUGACUCAAGUACAAUGGAUGAUUUACCUUAUGUGGUGGAUAAUUAUGAAUCAUCUGAAUGUUCAUCUUCAGACAUUACUGAAGAGCCAGUUAUGACCGAGAAGCAGCAGAUUGAGCUUUCCAAUCAUAGAGCUGGGCUUGAACAAGAGUUUUUUCCUGCUUUAAGCUUUUCCGUAAGCCCUUCCUUUGAGAAGUCUUUGGAAAGGUCUCAUGAAUGUAAGAACUCAUAUCUUCUAGAAAGUGAUUCAGGUGGAAUUUGUGAAAAAAUGGAUGCUAUUUGUCAUUAUGUGCAAUCUCAUCAAAGUGAAAUGGUUUUGAAUCCAAUAUCUCUGGGCCUUGAAUCACAAGAGUCAGAUUGGACUAGUGUGUCUGGUAACCAAUAUACAGAUCAUCUACCUGACAAUAAUUGUCCAGUCACUGGUUUCUUAAAGAAUUCUGACAUUGUUGGAUAUGGCUCAAGAUCACAUCCAGAAAUCAGUGGAAUGGGAUCGUUGAAGGAAGAUAUCUCAUAUUAUAGUAAAAUGAUUGUAAAUAAUAAUGCUCUCAUGGAGGAAGCAUUUGGCAAGGAUCAAUAUGGAAACAGCACAAGCACUUCAGGUUCGUUUAUGUUGCAACAGUGGAAACUUCACUCCCCUUACAAUUUUCUGAGUAUGAACCCAACAUUAGCAAAAAGUUCUUUCCUUAAACUCUUAGCCAAUCCUGGAGAGAGAGAUAGCAAAGACUAUCGAUUUUCUUUACCUUGCUUUGACUUUUCUUCUGUGGAAGACCCUUGGAAGGUAUGCCUGGAAAAGUUUUCUGCUGGUUUUGUGGACUCCAGUGCUUCAGCUACAAGUACUAAAGUUGAUCACCAUGAUCAAGAACACUGUGAUAAUGAUGAUGUGUUGAUUGGUGAAACUACAACAAAAUUUGAUGAUAAUUCCCUUUCAGACAUGAAGGAGCAUAAUCAUGAAUAUUCUAAUUUAGCGCUUGCUUCUGGUGGGAGUAGUUGGGAAAGUUUGCUAGAUCGACCCAGUAACAUUAUGUUUAAUAGCGAUGAAGAUCAGAGACUGGAUUUUUUAUCCAAAUUUGAGAUACCACUUGAUUUUAUUAUUGACAAAUGCCUGCUGCAGGAAAUUAUGCUCCAAUAUAAGUAUGUCAGCAGGUUAACUAUUAGGUUGCUUGAAGAAGGAUUUGAUCUGCAAGAGCAUUUCUUGGCAUUGCGGCGGUACCACUUCUUGGAAUUAGCAGAUUGGGCAGAUUUGUUUAUCAUGUCUCUUUGGCAUCAUAAAUGGUGCUCUACAGAGGCGAAUCAAAGACUUUCAGAAAUUCAAGGGUUCCUUGAGUUGUCAGUUCAGAGGUCAUCAUGUGAAUUUGACCGUAAUAAGGACAGAUUGUAUCUGUACCUGAAACAUGAUGAUGCAAUUCCACUUUCAACAUCUGUGAUUGGGAUCCAUUCCUUUGAUUUUGUAGGUUUGGGAUAUAGAGUGGACUGGCCUGUGAAUAUUGUUCUGACUCCUGACGCAUUGAAAAUAUAUACUGAGAUAUUCAGUUUUCUGAUACAAGUAAGGCUGGCUGUUUUCUCCUUGACUGAUAUAUGGUGCUCAUUUAAGGAGUUGGUGCAUUUGAUUAGUCAGAAUCGUCAUUCUCAAAAUCAUGAACUGGAAUUGGGCCAUUUUAAUUUAUUGAUGAAGAUUAGGCACCAAGUCAGUCAUUUUGUAUCUACACUGCAGCAGUAUGUAGAGUCACAACUAUUGCAUGUAUCAUGGUGCAGGUUUCUUCACUCCCUUCAGCAUAAGGUCAAAGAUAUGAUGGAUAUUGAGUCAGUGCAUAUGGCAUAUCUAACUGAUUCUCUACACAUAUGCUUCCUAUCUGACGAGACAAGGCCCAUAGCCAACAUCAUCGAAAGCAUUUUGCAAUGUGCAUUAGAUUUCCGUUCUUGUCUUAGAGGCAGCAUGUGGGAUAUUGGCAUGGGUAAAGAAGAUUUUUCGCAAAGGCUUUCCAGAAUCAAUAUAUCUCAGGUGCUAGCCAUAAAGAAAACAUUUGACAAGAAUUUGCAAGAGUUGCACCUUUACCAUCUCAAAUCACCCAAACAUGGCAAGUUUGGAAUAUCUCGGUUUUGGGAAUACCUCAACUACAACGAAUAUUACUCAAACGUUGUUAAUCAAAUGGGUUAUCAUGCUUUCUCAAUCUAAAAUCUUUGUGAUCUGUAUAUUCUUUAACCUUGCCUCAUUGAUUAAAAAAAUGAGGGAAAAUUCUUGAAGAAUUAUUGCAAAAGGUGUGUUUCAUUCAACAUGCACUGGAGUGUCCAUACAAGGUGAGUGAUUCUUAGUUUCUUCUCUGUGGAUGGUAGACUUAUAUGUGAAUAUAUGUAUUUUGGUUUUUCACCAUUUGAGACCAUAAGCCAAGUCUUCUGUGUGAAAGGGAGUAUGCAACUCUUGUGUUUUACAUAUUGGGUGAUUGAGAAGUUUUAUAGCAGUCUCUUUUUGUAAUGCAGGCUUUUGUAUCCACAA